GCUGGAAUGCGCGGCGGGCGGGCGGGCGGCGGAACAUGUAAGGACACAUCCCGCGAGCUGCCGCCCAGCGCGCACGCCGAGCCCCGGGAAGCGAUCGAGCCAGCGGACGGUGAGGCGCGCGGACCCAGCAGGCGCGGCGGGGAGGCUGGAUCAGCGAGGAGGACAGCGAUCGGACUGAAACACACGGUGGGCACCCGGCGGGCACUGCGCAGGCGGCGGUGUCCGGAGAGCGCGCAGGACCAUCGGAGCGCAGGUGGAGAGCGCUCAGGGCCAUCGGGGCGCAGGUGGAGCGCGCGCAGGGCCAUCGGGGCACAGGUGGAGCGCGCAGGGCCAUCGGGGCGCACGGCCAGCCAGCUUCGGCUUCGGGGCGGGGAGGGCCCAGAGUCCCGCGCCGCCGAUCCCGGAGGGGCGCCGCGCCCGCCGCAGCCUCCGGCUUCCUCGGACCUCCGGGCGCCCAUGACGGCGACAGCGGCGGCCGUGCUGAAGGAGGGCGUGCUGGAGAAGCGCAGCGGCGGGCUGCUGCAGCUGUGGAAACGCAAGCGCUGCGUGCUCACCGAGCGCGGGCUGCAGCUCUUCGAGGCCAAGGGCGCCGGCGGCCGGCCCAAAGAGCUCAGCUUCGCCCGCAUCAAGGCCGUGGAGUGCGUGGAGAGCACCGGGCGCCACAUCUACUUCACCCUAGUGACCGAGGGCGGCGGUGAGAUCGACUUCCGUUGCCCCCUCGAAGACCCCGGCUGGAAUGCCCAGAUCACCCUGGGCCUGGUCAAGUUCAAGAACCAACAGGCCAUCCAGACCGUGCGCGCCCGGCAGAGCCUGGGGACCGGGACCCUCGUGUCCUAAACCACCGGGGUACCAGCUCACCUUCAUGCGCCUCACCACUGAGGUGCCUAGAGGUCACGCCAGCUUCUCUGCCCACUUGGGCUGCUGGGGGCCUCACUGGUCCAUGUGAUGGGCGCAGCUGUGGUCAUGGACCAAGUGUGGGAGAUGGGCCAGGAGAGAAGGGAGGAAGACCUUGCGGGCUGAGGAUGAAGAUUCAGCUCCUGGACACUCAAGACUCUCAUACCCAGCUCCAGGACUCCCAGCUGUGGACCCUGUAUCACCUGUCAUGGUGGAGAGCUGUCAUCAGAGUGGCCCUCCAUUGGUUCUGCAGACUGCUGUUGACCCCCGGCUCUGUGCCAUGUCCCUUGUGGGGUGCCAAGCCGAUGCCUCAGGACGGCAGCCUGGCAUCUGGAGGACAAGCGCCUUUGGACAGCCUCGGGACUCGGCUUGAGGAGGAGCCGCCGCUGGGCCUGAGGCCCACAUUUGGGAGGGGGUCUCCUGCUGCUUUUGUCCUUUUGGGACCCCCACCAAUCCAGGCCCUCUCUUUGCACACUUCUUCUCCCACCUCUACCCCUCUUCCCCCCACGGUGGUGCAGGGCCUGGAGGUGGUGGGGGGUGGGGUGGGGGUUGGCCAUUACCAUUUCAUGUCUAUUUCCCAAAUGAAGAUGCCUGGCAGAAGGCAGUAACCCACUGGCUGCUGAGUGAAUUUCUUUCUCACAAAGGCCCAGGAGCUGGGAGCAUCUCCUUAGCCCACCUUCCCGGUUCCAUUCCCUAUUCUGAAAUCUCUAGCCUGGAUAAGGGGAGGUCCUGCAGGGCCAGCUGAUGGUGGCCUCAAUGGGACAAGAAGACCACAGUGGUCAUUCAGGCCCCAUGGAUGCUGCUUCUCUAGAAAGUGACUGCCAUGGUAGGAGGUAGCGCAGCCUUCUGAGAAGAGCCUUAUUUCCCUGUCAUUUACAUCCUCAGGAUUACCGUGAGAGAGUGAAUCUUCCCUGAUGGUUGAAAAUGAAUCAUCAACAUGGGAGAAACUGAGAUGUAGAGAAAUAGCUGUCCUGAGUUAGACUGAAACUUGAUCUGGUACCUGGGUGCUGCCUCACUCUGGGAUGGCAGCUCCCUCUUCUUUCCUCUGUCAUUUGCCACGUCUGACCUUCCUGCUCCAGGGAGCAGAUUUCUUCAGUCACCAGAAGGAGUAAGAAGGCUGAGGGGUCCCUCCAACAAUUUGAGGUCUCUUUAAUAACCUCUCUGAGCUUCUGACCCAUCUCUUUCCCUUUCAGAUUUUUUUCUCCUGCCUUCUAAUCAAGAUUUCCCUGCCUCUGGGUCCUAGGCCCUCAGUCCUCAGAAAUAUCUUUCACUGAAAUGUGAACUGCACUUCACCAUUGAACAUGAAUUUCUAAUUC